UACGUGGGCAGUAACCUGGACCGCCUAUAAAACAAGCGCGCGCGGCAGGGUCUGGAGCGCUGGCGGCGGCGGCAGGUGGCGCGGGAGGCCGCGGUGUGCCAUGGGGCUCCCGGCGCUGCUGGCCAGCGCUCUCUGUACCUUCCUGCUGCCGCUGCUGCUCUUCCUGGCUGCGAUCAAGCUCUGGGACCUGUACUGCGUGAGCAGCCGCGACCGCAGCAGCGCCCUGCCUUUGCCCCCCGGGACUAUGGGCUUUCCGUUCUUUGGGGAGACCUUGCAGAUGGUACUGCAGCGGAGGAAGUUCCUGCAGAUGAAGCGCAGGAAAUACGGCUUCAUCUACAAGACACAUCUGUUCGGACGGCCCACGGUGCGGGUCAUGGGUGCCGACAACGUGCGGCGCAUCUUGCUGGGAGAACAUCGGCUGGUGUCGGUGCACUGGCCGGCGUCGGUGCGCACCAUUCUGGGCUCCGGGUGUCUCUCCAACCUGCACGACGCCUCGCACAAGCAGCGAAAGAAGGUGAUCAUGCGGGCUUUCAGCCGCGAGGCGCUCCAGUGCUACGUGCCAGUGAUCGCCGAGGAGGUGGGCAGUGGCUUGGAGCGGUGGCUGAGCUGCGGCGAGCGCGGCCUGCUGGUCUACCCCGAGGUGAAGCGCCUCACGUUCCGCAUCGCCACGCGCAUCCUGCUGGGCUGCGAGCCCCUGCGGGCCGGCGGGGAGGAGGGCGAGCAGCAGCUCGUGGAGGCCUUCGAGGAGAUGACCCGAAACCUCUUCUCGCUGCCCAUCGACGUGCCCUUCAGCGGGCUGUACCGGGGCAUGAAGGCGCGGAACCUCAUCCACGCGCGCAUCGAGGAGAACAUCCACGCCAAGAUCCGCCGGCUGCGGGCCGCGGAACCGGGAGAGGGCUGCAAAGACGCGCUGCAGCUGCUGAUCGAACACUCGUGGGAGAGGGGAGAGCGGCUGGACAUGCAGGCGCUAAAACAAUCUUCAACCGAACUCCUCUUUGGAGGGCAUGAAACCACGGCCAGUGCGGCGACAUCUCUGAUCACUUACCUGGGGCUCUACCCACACGUUCUACAGAAAGUUCGAGAGGAGCUGAAGAGUAAGGGCUUACUUUGCAAGAGCAAUCGCAACAACAAGUUGGACAUGGAAAUUUUGGAACAACUUAAAUACACUGGAUGUGUUAUUAAGGAGACCCUUAGACUGAAUCCCCCCGUUCCAGGAGGGUUUCGGGUUGCUCUGAAGACUUUUGAAUUAAAUGGAUACCAAAUUCCUAAGGGCUGGAAUGUUAUCUACAGCAUCUGUGACACGCACGAUGUGGCUGACAUCUUCACAAACAAAGAAGAAUUUAAUCCGGACCGAUUUAUGCUGCCUUACCCAGAGGACGCAUCCAGAUUCAGCUUCAUUCCAUUCGGAGGAGGCCUUCGGAGCUGUGUAGGCAAAGAGUUCGCAAAAAUUCUUCUCAAAAUAUUUACAGUGGAGCUGGCCAGGCAUUGUGACUGGCAGCUUCUCAAUGGCCCUCCUACGAUGAAGACUAGUCCCACUGUGUAUCCUGUGGACAAUCUCCCUGCAAGAUUCACCCACUUCCAGGGGGAAAUCUGAUGGGCAUGAAUGCUCAAACCUCGGACUUAGUGAAGUGUACAUAUACGUUUUUAUAUAGUGCCAUGCUGACUUUAUUGUAUUUAAUUUCUGAUGUAUAUUAUACUAUUUAUGUGUCUCCAUUGCAGUACUAUGGUCUUUAAAUAUUAAAAUGAUGAAUUUAUGUAAUUGCCAAUAAAGGACAGUUCGAAAGUA